AAGCUUCAUUCCCAGCACGAUGUAUAUGCGUACAGUACUUGUAACCGGCGCAACGAAGGGGAUCGGCCUGGCCGUCACUCGGUUCCUUCUCGAGGAAUACAAAGUCCGAGUGAUUGCGCUCUCGCGAUCACGAACGCCAGAAAUCGAAGAACUGUAUAAGAAACACGAAGGCUCCUUACACAUCGCUGCCUGCGACAUCGCCGAUGAGCAAUCCCUCACGAGCACAAUCAGCUCUUACAUCGAGCAAUUGGGAUCCAUAGACGCCCUCGUCCUGAACGCAGGCUCAAUUGAGCCUAUAGCUCGCAUCGCCGACCCUACCGUACCACUUGCGUCCUGGCGCAGCUCACUUGAGGUCAAUGUCCUUAGUCUGGUCGUGGCAUUGAGAGCUGCUGCGCCAGCACUCCGAAAGAGUGUCGGCGGUGGACGCGUGGUAUUCGUCAGCUCUGGCGCCGCAAUAAAGGGAACUCCCGGCUGGGGCGCAUACAACGCAGCAAAGGCGGGGAUGAACUCGAUCUGCAGAACCUUUGCGGAAGAAGAGCCAUCCAUCGUCAGCGUCGCUAUACGCCCAGGCGUCGUCGACACCGAAAUGCAGCGCGUCAUUCGCGAGAAGGGCGUCGGGCAUAUGACAGAGAAGGGACACCAACAGUUCGUUCAGCUUCAGGCAGAAGGAAAGUUGGUGAUGCCAGAACAACCCGGCCAUGUCAUUGCAGGUCUUGCUUUAGAGGCACCGAAGGAGCUGUCUGGUCAGUUCGUCUCCUGGGAUGCGGACGAAGUCAGGGAUUUCCGGAAGGAUUGAAUAGUAUGUACGCAGAGAUGGACAGGAUGUGCAUGCUUUGUGUGCUGUAGCAGCUGUACGAGGACCCUUUUCCGGGCUUCGAGACACCUUGGGCGAGCCGGGUGUUAUAGAGUGAAGUUGAACUUUUGCGUGCCUCA